ACAGGAAGUGCUGAAAAGCAGGAACCGCAGGAAACACUGCACAGUGCGGAUAUGAGCAGGUGGAGACCCGUCUGCUAACCACCACAGCUUGCCCACCCUCUCACACUCACAUACACACACCUACACACACACACACACACUUCCAGACACACAUCCAGACACAUAUCCAGGGAAACAUGGGAGGGUCUCAGAGCAUCGAGAUACCAGGUGGAGGAACUGAAGGCUACCACGUCCUCAGAGUUAAAACUACAACCUGCCAGAAUAACCGGUGUGGCUACUUUGUAUGACAUGACAGGACGGGGUGUGUACAUACAUUCCCAAAACCUGUUGUGGUUUUUGAAUGAAAAGGUGCAAGAAAAUUCUCCAGGUUAUCAAGCAGGACUGGAGCCAUUCUUUGAUUUCAUUAUUUCCAUAUGUGACACGAGACUGAACAAAGACAAUGACACCCUAAAAGAGUUGCUGAAGAUGAACGUGGAGAGGCCCAUCAAGAUGCAGUUAUACAGCAGCAAGACGCUGGCUGUGAGGGAGACAACUGUUACACCCAGCACCAUGUGGGGCGGCCAGGGGCUUCUGGGAGUCAGCAUUCGCUUCUGCAGCUUUGAAGGAGCAAAUGAAAAUGUUUGGCAUGUCUUGGAAGUAGAGCCAAACUCUCCUGCAGCCCUGGCUGGUCUAAGACCGCACGCUGACUACAUUAUCGGAGCUGACAGCGCCAUGAAUGAGAGUGAUGAUCUGUUCUCCCUUGUUGAAACCCAUGAAGGGAAGGAGCUGAAGCUUUAUGUUUACAACACAGACACAGACAACUGCCGUGAGGUGGUCAUCACGCCAAACAGCGACUGGGGUGGAGAGGGCAGUCUAGGUUGUGGGAUUGGCUACGGCUACCUGCACAGGAUACCUACGAUGCCAUUUGUAGAGGGCAAGAAGAUCAGUUUCCCUGCACAGACUCGCAGUGAACCAGCUCCUCCACCUAAAGAUGGCUUCACAGAGGUCCAUCUCUCUGCCGUCAUUCCAACCGUUCCAGUUGCUGUGUCGUCUUCUGCAUCGACUAGAUUAGAACAGUCUUUCAGUAGCUUGUCAGUCAGCUCAAACCCGCCUGCUGUCCUUAACAGUCUGCAGACAGGAGCUCCUACUGUCCCACUGUCCAACCACAUCACCUCCUCACAUCGUGUCCCACUGCCAGCCACCACACCACUAGGCUUAAUUCCUUUACCUGGAGGUCUUCCACCAUUUCCUAAUUUACCAAACCUUAAUAUGACCUUGCCAGAUAGAGGCCACGUAUUGCCACCUGCAGUUGGUGGAUUACAACAACCAGGUCUUCCACCUCUUCAGCUGCCCAGUGUGGCUCCCUGCGUUACUCUGCCUCCGUCUGGAUUUGUUCUUCCCCCCAUCACUACUAAUGCACCUCCUGCUGGUACACAGGACACCACGUCUCCCUUUUCCACUAUCCAAAUGAACAGCUCACUAACUAAAACUGUUAUGUCAUUACCAGUGACCACCUCUGAAUCAAUAAAUAUCACAAUGUCUGCAGACUCAUCUUAGCAGAGAGCACCAUUUAAGGUUAUCAGCUCUCUCUCAAGUCUGUAUAUAGCCACAAUAUAUAAUAUACAAUAUAGCCUAUUACUGUAGCUAGACCACUCAGCUGAAAAAUUGCAGCUAUACACACAGUUAGGACGUGAUUGUAUGAGCUCCAGAGACAGAUUGGAACCAAGAGUCAUUCGCACACUCUGGUGCAGAACAAUGUUGUUAAAUAGCUCAGAGCUUAGUCAUAGUAAUAGGUAUAUACUGUAUAUUAACUUUGACUAUGUGGGCUUUUUGAACUUUGCUAAGAAAAACCAACAAGGUGACUGAUAAAUGUGAAGUCAGUAUCUUUGCAUCUCUCUUUAGGAGUCCAACUACUUAAUAUCUUCAGGGGAAGACGGGACAGUAACUUAUACUACUGGGAAUUUUCCUUAAAAAAAAAAAAAAAAAAAAGCAGGUUUGCUUGCUGCAGCAUUGUAGCCAUUAAUUAAAUGGUUUUGUUUUUGUACAAAAUUUGUAUGUACAGUGAGACAUCUUGAUUAAACUGAUGUAUUUUUUCCUAA